AGAAUAUAUAUAACUGUGAAAAAUAAUAACAUAAUAAAUUAAAACUUUUUAACUCUUAUUGUAAAUUUGGAUUAAGAGUACAACCGCAUACUCCGAUUAACCCUUUCCGAUAACAGAAAUUAUCGAUUAAUGUGGGAUUGGCUAAAAAUUAUUGACAUAAACAGAUGUUGUUAUUUUGCUGUGGCCAGAAAAUUUCAUUUCAUAAAAAUUACAGAUAAAUUGUAAGAAAAUAUUGCAAAAAUGAGUUCUGGUGUUGUGCGAGCACCUGUGUCACAACUCAUCCACAAUAAAGAAGAGGAUGUUGAGAGUGAAGAGCCAAAAAAGAAAUCGCGUGAAGAUUGGCGUAAAGCCAAAGAGUUAGAAGAAGCGCGUAAAGCAGGUACUGCACCAGCUGCUGUAGAUGAGGAGGGUCGUGAUAUCAAUCCACAUAUACCACAAUACAUUUCCAAUGCACCUUGGUACUAUAAUGCACAAGGACCAACCUUAAAACAUCAGCGGCCCCAAAGAGAGGAUGAGCAGGGCCAACUAGAAAAGCGCGCACCAAAAGGUUUGGACAUCACUAAAUUGGUGACGAAAUUCCGAAAAGGUGCAUGUGAAAAUUGUGGAGCGAUGACACAUAAGAAAAAAGAUUGCUUGGAGCGGCCACGCAAAGUGUUGGCCAAAUAUGCUGAGUCAAUUGUGGUACACGAUGAACAUGUGGUACCAGAUACAGCAGUUAAUUAUGAUGAGAAACGCGAUCGCUGGAGCUCGUAUGAUCCGGCUAAUCACAAGGAAAUCAUUGAAGAAUAUGAAAAGGUUGAGGAAGCCAAGCGCCAAUUAAAAGCAGAAAAGUUGAAAGAAAAUCCUGACGCAGAGUUUUCGGAUGAUAAUGACAACGAAGACAAAUAUGUGGACGAAGUUGACAUGCCUGGUACUAAAGUGGACUCUAAACAACGCAUCACAGUGCGCAAUCUGCGUAUACGUGAGGAUACCGCGAAGUACCUACGCAAUUUGGAUCCCAAUUCAGCUUAUUAUGAUCCCAAAACACGUUCUAUGCGUGAUAAUCCAAAUCCGAGCAUGGCGCCUGAAGAAGUGGAAUUUGCUGGAGAAAACUUUGUUCGCUUUUCAGGCGACACUACAAAACAUGCUACAGCUCAACUGUUCGCUUGGGAAGCGCACGGCAAAGGCGUUGAUGUGCAUUUGCUUGCUGAGCCUACAAAGUUAGAGUUACUGCAAAAGGAGUACGACAAGAAAAAGGAACAGUUCAAAUCUAGUACUAAAGACCACAUUGUGGAAAAAUACGGUGGCGAGGAGCAUUUGAAAGCACCGCCAAAAUCCCUUCUUCUGGCUCAGUCAGAAGAGUAUAUUGAAUACUCACGAAGCGGCAAAGUUAUUAAAGGCGUAGAAAAACCAAAAGCUCGUAGUAUUUACGAAGAGGAUGUUAUGAUCAAUAACCAUACAACAGUCUGGGGAAGUUAUUGGAAUGGUGGUCGAUGGGGGUACAUGUGCUGCAAGUCAUUCAUUAAGAACUCUUAUUGCAUUGGCAUGAAGGAUCCUGAAGCGCAAGCUGAACUCUUAAAUCACGCACCAGACUCCAGCGUACCAGAUACUGCAAUAUCUACUGAAGAGCCAGUUCAAGAGGAACCAGCAGAAUCUGCAUCAUCUUCCUCCUCCUCUUCUUCGUCAUCAUCAUCAUCAUCGUCUUCAUCCUCCUCAUCUUCUUCAGAAGACGAAGAGGAGGUCAAAAAAGCACAAUUAGAAAAUAAAAAGAUAAAGAAAAAAACAAAGAAACGUGAAAAGAAACGAAAGUCUAAAAAUCAAAAGCGAAAAGAGAAGAAAGAAAAGGCAAAGGAAAAAGCUCUACGUGCGAAGCAGAAGGCACAGUUGGAAGCAGCUUUGCGUGACAUACGCGCUAAAUCGGAAGACGAAGACGAUCAUAAUGAUGAACGUAAGCGCGGCUACAAUAGCAAGUAUGACGUUAAGGCGCCCACAGAAGAAGAAAUCGACGAGUGGCAACGCAAGCGACAGCGCUUGGAGGACCCAAUGAUGCAAUUUAUGUCCAAAUAAAACAGUUAAUGCUAUUUUAAAUAA